AUCAGCGGGCCGGUUUCUCUUCAGCAUCUCGGAGGGACUGAACCAACGGGCAGACUUGAGCUCAGGCAGCGGGGGAGAAAGGAGACUUCAAGGCUGCGCGACGCGCAAUUAUGGUUCUGUGAAAUUUUCAAGGAGGUGGAGGAUUUCGGCACCAGCACAAAGAGAAAUCAAAAAUCGGCUAAUCCAAGCACCACACAGAGGGAACCCAAGUCCAGCACAAGCAUGGCAGACCAGAAAGACAACAUAGAUGACUUUAAAGUCCAGACAGCCAAGCAUCCUAACAUCGGCUCAGCCCCUUUACGGCCGCACAGUGAACAGUCUAAAGACCGAGCGUCCAAAAGGCUUUCAUCUGAGUCUAAUGGGACCAGUGAAGGAGGUGUGGGUUCGUCCACACCAGUUGAGUUGACCGCUCUGGAAGAGUCAUUUCGACGCUUCGCCAUCCAUGGUGACACUCGUGCUACUGGCAAGGACAUGCACGGCAAGAACUGGUCCAAACUCUGCAAGGACUGCGGCGUGAUUGACGGCAAGAACAUCACCCUCACUGAUGUGGACAUCGUCUUCAGCAAAGUCAAGAAGAAAUCCUGUCGCACCAUCACAUUUGACGAGUUCAAGGUUGCAUUGGGAGAACUGGCCAGGAAGAAAUAUAAAGAAAAAACCGGAGAGGAGGCUGAGGCUGAGGUCUUCAAGCUGAUCGAAGGGAAGGCACCUGUCAUUGCAGGAGUCACGAGAGCCGUGGCUUCCCCAACAGUGAGCCGCCUCACAGACACCACCAAGUUUACAGGGUCACACAAGGAGCGUUUUGACGACACCGGCCGCGGGAAGGGUAAGGCGGGACGAGUAGACAUAGUUGACACUUCCGGAUACGUCUCGGGAUACAAACAUCAAGGCACAUAUGAAAAGAAAGUCACUAAACCCACUGUGGCCAAACCCAUGUGAGGGGCGAAGAUGAGGAAAUAAACAUUUGAUCAACUACUAGGAUAAUUUUCUAUUAAAAAAUAAGUACUCAAAGAAAGCACAAAAGAAUAGGAUUUCAUAUAUUUUCCCACCCAUCUAUUUUGUGUGUGUGUGUGAGAGAGAGAGAUGUUUUUGAGUUCCUCUCUUUGUCAAGUGUGAGAACUGGAAAAUUGUUUACAUCUAUUUUUACAAAGUCAUCACCAGCUGGUACAUUCCUGUCUGAUAGCAAGUUACUGCCAAACACUGAAGAGAACAAACGAGAGAAACUGCUAUGCUAUGAAUAUUGAAGCUUUGUUGUUAUGAUAGGGCCUUAUAAUAUUUAUUGAGCACAGUGAACAACAAUGCCAAGAAAAACAAAAGUGGGGCAACGGUUUGAUGAAUUAACAACAUUGCACUUUCAAAUGGAAAUGUUUCUAUUCCCAUAUUUUUGCAGUCUCAAUGAUAAUUGGCACACAUUUUGACAUAUUAUCAAUGUUUCUUUUGAAAACUAAUUGUUCAUUCUGUCCUGUGUUAAUUGUCUCCCAUCCCCACUCUUCAACCGUUGAUAUAAAAUCUGCUGUUCUUUUUCUUUCAGUAUCAUUAGCUCACAUUUACAUUCGAAAAAUCUGCCUUCAGCUCAAACCAAGAAAGAUAAAUUAAGUUUUAUCAAGUUGUUUUAAUUUUUUUUUUUUUUUUUAAAUACAGUUACAUUAGCUGUCGAACUGAACAUUUUUUACCUCUGCCAUAUCUGCUUGCUUCUGUGAAUAUGAAAAGCUUAGAAAACAAAAGUCCUACCAUGCAAAUAUUUUGAACAGGCCUGCUCAAUACACUUAAUUUAAUAGGACUUUAUUUUAUCUUACACUGUCUUCAUUCAGAGCCAACUGUAUCUACCUACACACAAACCAGUUUGCUAACAUGCAUUUUGAAUAUUAAAUUGGUGAGUUUAGCUGAAGGAAGCUCGAAACACAAUAGAUGAGCUCAGUUGUACAAGAUUGUAUUUUUAAUAUUUUACUUAUAUUGUUACUCCCUUAAUCAGAUUUCUAUACAGUAGUUCUAAUAUAUUUGUGGUAAAAUUGUGUAUAUUCUAAAAAGUUUUAGCCACAUGGCUUAAUUUAUGACACUGGCUUCAUGUUUUUAUUUGUCCUGUAUUGCUGUACUUUGUGCAUGUUAUGUAUAUUGCAUUUGAUUCAGAAGCAUAUAGAUGACAGUAGGAGUUUGUCAUAUCUUACCUGAACUGCUGUGCCUGCUGUGAGAACAAACUACUGGACAGACUUAAUUAUUUUCUUGCUAAAAAAAUAUAUUAAGUGAUGAAAUUGUGGGAUCAUGAUAAAAUCUUGUAUUGCUUGAAAUCAAUAUGUAUCAACUUGUACAUGUACAAAGUCAGCUACCCUCUAAUGCUACUAUAUUUGUCUAUUAAUUAAGAUUUAGAGUACCUUUUAUGUGUGGUACUGUCAUCCAAGGCACAAAUUCAAUAAACACAAAAGCAGGGUUUUACUGUUGUAUCCUGAUGCACUGCAUACUGUAAGAGAUAAAGGGAAAAUUGCAAACAAGUAAUAUACUUUUGUAGAAUAAUAUUUUUCCAACAUAGUGACAGUGUUUUCGCUGCACUCGUCACACACUACCUGUAGCCUCAGCUGAUGAAGAAUCAUGCAUCAAGUGCAAAACUAGCAGCUAUCAGUGUGUUAGUUUUCGUCUGCUGCAGUAGCUUGAGUAUGAUCUGUUUUCUGUGCUUAAUGCCAAAUACUGUGCACCUUUAAUGUGGAGGAACAAUAUUGUCUUAUUUUAUUAUUUUUAUCAAAUAACUUUUAAUGUACUAUUGUGCCCCGGUGCAUGCAGCGUGUUUUUGUUCUUGUUCUUUAGACCUCUUAAUGUGUGUUCAUGAUUUGUAGUGCUUUAUUGAAAAAAAUAAAUAAAUUUAAAAUAAAAAAAGGAAAAACAAAACACACCCCAAAACCUCUGCUGA